CCCGCCCAAAAAAAAGGCACCGCCAAAACCAGCCCCAAAAGUAGGUCUGGGCGUGGGUGGUGGCGUGUAGUGUCCCGCAGGCACACCAACCCCGACACCCUGGAGGGCCCUGUAGCUUUCCCUCCCCAGCUCACCCUCUCUUUUUUUCCUCUCUUGACUCCUCGCCUUCUCGUUGCCCCCCUUCUUUCCAUUCAAUUCAUCUCUCCCCUCCAUCUUCCCAUCUUCUUCCCUCCAAUUCUUUGCUCUUCAACACGCUUUGAGCUCGCGCCAUCUCCAAAGACCUAGCUUCUUCGUUGUAGUGUGCUUUGCGUCCUCUUACUUUAUCCUGUCCAAACCUCCCCCACCAGUGCAGUGACGCCGCUCAACAAAGCUCACGGCUGCGAGAGACUGCGUUAAUCGUCUUCUCACUUCCCCGACCGACACUUCUCACAACUUUUCCAAUUCAUUCACAAUGGCUCAGGCUACCACCAACAGUGCCAACUUGUCGGCCAACGACAACAUCCAGCGCUUCAGCGCUCCCAGUCGCCCUCUGAGCCCUCUUCCCGAGCACGCUCUCUUCAACGACAAGACGCGAUGCUUCGUCUACGGUCUCCAGCCCCGCGCUGUUCAGGGCAUGCUUGACUUUGACUUCAUCUGCAAGCGCAAGACUCCUUCCGUUGCUGGUAUCAUCUACACCUUUGGUGGCCAGUUCGUCAGCAAGAUGUACUGGGGUACUUCCGAGACCCUUCUCCCUGUCUACCAGGCCGUCGACAAGGCCAUGGCCAAGCACCCCGACGUUGACGUCGUUGUCAACUUCGCCUCCUCCCGUAGUGUUUACAGCUCUACUAUGGAGUUGAUGGAGAACCCCCAGAUCAAGACCAUUGCCAUUAUUGCCGAAGGUGUUCCCGAGCGUCGCGCUCGUGAGAUUGCCCACGUUGCCAAGAAGAAGGGUGUCACCAUCAUUGGCCCCGCCACUGUCGGUGGCAUCAAGCCCGGAAGCUUCAAGAUCGGUAACACCGGUGGUAUGAUGGACAACAUUGUUGCCUCUAAGCUCUACCGCAAGGGCUCCGUCGCCUACGUCUCCAAGUCUGGUGGUAUGUCCAACGAGUUGAACAACAUCAUUGCCCAGAACACCGAUGGUGUCUACGAGGGUAUUGCCAUUGGUGGUGAUCGCUACCCUGGCACUACCUUCAUUGACCACAUGCUCCGCUUCCAGGCCGAUCCUGACUGCAAGAUCCUUGUUCUCCUUGGUGAAGUCGGUGGUGUCGAAGAGUACAAGGUCAUCGAGGCUGUUGAGAAGGGCAUCAUCACCAAGCCCAUUGUCGCCUGGGCCAUUGGUACCUGCGCCAGCAUGUUCAAGACCGAGGUUCAGUUCGGCCACGCCGGUUCGUUCGCCAACUCUCAGCUCGAAACCGCUGCUAUGAAGAACAAGACCAUGCGCGAAGCCGGUUUCCACGUUCCCAACACCUUCGAGGACAUGCCCAGCGUUCUCGCCGAUCUCUACAAGAAGCUCGUCAAGGAGGGAACCAUCGUUCCUCAGCCUGAGCCUGUCGUUCCCAAGAUCCCCAUUGACUACUCUUGGGCUCAGGAACUCGGUCUUAUCCGUAAGCCCGCUGCCUUCAUCUCCACCAUUUCCGACGACCGUGGCCAAGAACUCCUCUACGCCGGUAUGCCCAUCUCGGAUGUCUUCAGAGAGGACAUUGGUAUUGGUGGUGUCAUGGCCCUUCUGUGGUUCCGCCGCAGACUCCCUGACUACGCCUCCAAGUUCUUGGAGAUGGUUCUCAUGCUUACUGCUGAUCACGGUCCUGCCGUGUCUGGUGCCAUGAACACCAUUAUUACCACACGUGCUGGCAAGGACUUGAUCUCUGCCCUCGUCUCUGGUCUUCUUACCAUUGGUUCUCGCUUUGGUGGUGCCCUCGAUGGCGCCGCCGAGGAGUUCACCAAGGCUUUCGACAAGAACCUCAGCCCUCGCGAGUUCGUCGACAACAUGCGCAAGGCUAACAAGCUUAUCCCUGGUAUUGGUCACCGUGUCAAGUCUCGCAACAACCCUGACUUGCGUGUCGAGCUUGUCAAGGAGUACGUCCUGGCCAAGUUCCCCAGCCACAAGCUCCUCGACUACGCCCUGGCUGUCGAGACUGUCACCACCUCCAAGAAGGAUAACCUGAUCCUCAACGUCGACGGCUGCAUUGCUGUCUGCUUUGUUGAUCUCCUCCGCAACUGCGGUGCCUUCUCUCCCGAAGAGGCUGAGGACUACCUCUCCAUGGGUGUUCUCAACGGUCUCUUCGUCCUCGGUCGCAGCAUUGGUCUCAUUGCCCAUUACCUGGACCAGAAGAGACUCCGCACUGGUCUCUACCGUCAUCCUUGGGAUGAUAUCACUUACCUCCUCCCCAACCUCAGCCAGGGACGACCUGGUGCCGAGGGCAGAGUCGAGGUGCAGAUGUAAAGUGCGGGCAGUACAUGAUAGAUGCACACGGGAUCUGCUUUCUUUGCUUGUUUUGUGGUACAAUUUGACGAUACGGUGUGACGGUUCAGGGAAUGAAAAGACUUCAAUGGCUGUCUGUACAAGACCAAUGAUGAAAUCCGCGGCUCAAUGCCGCAAUCUAGUUAUCCAUAUACUAUGUUUUACUCGCAAUAGACACUUAAUAACUUUUAUCACAUUAUACAUUUCUCAAAUCACGCAUGACAAUUACAGACCACAUGUUCACUAAAGCAAAAUUCAGUAACAAACACGGUAUAUAUAUUGUUUUAAUAUUAUUUUCCAAU